AUGUUAUGGACGUCUAGAAUCGUAAUUGCACUUUCAGUAUUUUCAAUCACGAAAAUCGACAGUGCUAGAAUUUUGGCCUUUUUUCCUACACCAUCGAUAAGUCAUCAAGUUGUGUUUCGACAUGUGACAAAAGAGCUAGCAAGACGAGGGCAUGAAGUCACUGUCAUAACAACUGAUCCACUUCCAAAAGAAGAAGUGCCUGCAAAUUUAACGGAAAUCGAUGUCCACGAUGUAUCAUACAAACAUUGGGAGGAAUUAUUUUUAGUUCACACAGGAAAAAGGAAAGAUGUUAAUCAACAAAUAAAUAUAUUGUUCGAGAAAAUAGCAACAACAAUUAAAAUACAGAUGGAUACACCAGCUGUUCAAAAAGCCUUAUCAAACAAGCAUAAGAAAUAUUUUGACUUACUUUUGCUUGAAUCAUUGUAUCGUCCGCUGCUUGGUAUCGGUUAUAUGUUCGAUGCUCCAAUCGUUCAAAUCAGUUCUCUUGGAGGAAUUCCACAUCAGUACAAUGUGUUUGGUGCACCAGGGCACCCUUUAUUAUAUCCCACAAGUAUUAGACAAAGGUCGUAUAAUUUAAGCCUUUGGGAGAAAGCAGUAGAAUUUUUUAGAUAUUUGGCUUUAGAAUAUAAGCUUUCGAGUAUGUUGGAUUUUGAUUAUCAAAUAAUGAAGAUAUGUUUCGGGUAUGAUAAUCCAAAUAUUGAUGAUGUAUCUAAAAAGAUUCAAUUGUUGUUGUUGAAUGAACAUCCCAUUUGGGCUUCAAAUCGUCCAAUAGCUCCGAACAUAAUUUUUAUUGGUGGUAUACAUCAAACUGAUGAAAACGCCUUACCUAAUGACUUAAAGUCAUAUUUAGAUUCAUCGAAACAUGGAGUGAUAUAUGUUAGUUUUGGCACAAACGUUUUACCAUCGUUAUUACCACCGGAGAAGAUUCAAAUAAUGACCAAAGUAUUCUCUCAACUACCCUACGAUAUUUUGUGGAAAUGGGACAAGGAAGUGCUACCUGGAAAAUCAAAUAAUACAAAAAUUGGUCGUUGGUUCCCACAAAGUGAUCUCUUGAAACAUCCGAACGUAAAACUUUUUAUAACUCAAGGAGGACUUCAGUCAACAGAUGAAACUAUAAACGCGGCUGUACCUGUAAUUGGUAUACCGAUGUUAGGAGAUCAAUGGUACAAUGUGGAAAAUUAUGUUCACCAUAAAAUUGGUUUACAACUUGACAUAACAACGCUAACAGAAAAGGAUUUCCUGGAUGCUGUGUUAACUGUCGUUAGUGGUAAAAGUUUUAAGAACAAUAUCAUCAGGCUGCGUUCCCUAAUGAGAGAGUUUCCUAUCAAGCCAUUGGACAGAGCUGUUUGGUUGAUGGAACACAUCAUCCAGUAUGGCGGCGAUCACCUGCAAAGUCCAGCCCGUGGUCUGUCUUUUGCGGAAUAUUACGAAAUUAAUUUAUUACUUGCAUUUUCUUUAAUAUUAUUUAUAAUAUCCUCAUAA